CGACGAUGUGUGCCUUUGGUACCGCAUGAGCCGUGAGAAGCCGCACAAGAGCGUUCCCAGAGCACCAUCGUCAUUAUCGCAUUCAUCGGCGCAUUUCCGUGUGGUCGUGCCAACCUCACAAACACGAUGGUCGCCUCAUUCUCGCACCGCAAGAAGAGAAGAAGGAGAGUGUCGCUAUUGGCCAUCGUGCUGGGCUUGUUCUUCACUGCAACACAUGGAGCAUUGUGGUCCUUCUUCACCGACAACAAGGUACCACAUGCAGAUCAAGGCACUCAUUGAUCCACUGCAAUGGACGAGGAACGUGACAAUCCCUGUUUGUGUCAGGCCCUCGACUCGACCGCUCCAUCGCCCACAGCAGGCCGCCCGCCAGUGUCAUUCGCCCAGCUCCAUGGCGGCGAAUCGCACCAUCGCACGCUGCACGAGCAGCUUGUUGAGAACACGGACGACUCCGCAGCGCAUGUCGGGCCGGAGUUCAGUAACCUGGUGGACUGGGUGCAGGGCGGCAAGGCGGCUGAGGGGCAUGCUGCAGAGGCACCGACGAGUCGGAAGCUGAAUGCAACGCAAAGGGCAGAGGAGAAGGGGGAGGGGGAGAGGGAGUGGGCUGAAUGGGAGGAGUACGUGAAGCUGAGAUCUGCCUGCUGGGACGGUGAGUGCACGGCUGGCUGGCUGGCACAGACGCCAGAUGGAUGAGAUGCGUCCCUGUCUGUCUGCAACUCCAGGUGAUUUGUGUCCCAAGUUGUUGACCAUUCCGUGUGAGGGGCUGGUGGGCGUCUAUUCGGCCUACCACUUUUCUAUAGCGACGUCCAAGUGGCCCUAUGGUGACCUCGUGACUUCCUGGAAUGACCUCAGGGGGUGAGCGGGCGCAAUGCAUGAGCAGCGGGCGUACUGACAGCAUUCGUUACGAUGGGUUCAUGGCUUGACUUGUUUGUGCGCCAGGUCCAAAUGCAAGAAAUGGUUUGGCGAGUUCACGCAGCCGAUCUCAACUCGUGCACCGACAUUCGACCGGUGAGGACAUCAGAGGCAGCGACACAGCGGUGCUCUUGUGUUUCGCUGCUGUGUGUGCUGUGCAGCGAGAAGAGUUCUCUGUUCUUUUCGAGUGACAAGCAGUGGAUGACGACAGACUUCAGCCACCCGUUCUUCUCCAAGGGCGAUGCCACCAUCAUGCUGCACGUCAAGUGGCCGCCUCAAGUCAAGGCGGAGGCCAUCGCCGCUGGCACACAAAAGGAGACGGCGGAAGGGGAAGAGGGAGAGGGAGGUGAGGGGGAGGAGAAGAAGGCUCCCGUUGAGGUGCUCUUCAGCUACACUGGCGGGCCCUACUCGGCCAUCCUCGAGGGACAGCUCACACGCGACAUCAACCAGCCCCUGUAAGCUGCCGGCCUACGUCCACAAUGUGGCAACGAUGCAACCCAGACCCGUCACCAUUUGCGUUGUUGGAAUGGAAUGUAGGGGGCACUUCGCAUUGGCAGAGGGCCAGCGCACAGUCUUGGGUGGGGGCCACGAUCAGAUCUCGGAGGUGUCUUUGGAGUCGCUGGAGGACACACCCGAGGCAUUUUGGUCGCCCCUGCUCAUGCUCGAGAAAAACGAGACAGCCACCGAGGCCGAUGAUUCGAUGCCGCUUGGUCACAUCGAUGUGGCGUCACCCAACUCACCAGGGAGUGCGGCGGUGCUGGGCGAGUGGGAAGUGUGGACCAUACGCAGGAAGGCCUACACCACGCAACUCUUCAAGUCAACAAGCAAGACAAGAGCCACACGCAGCCGGCUUUGGAGAAUGAACAUGUGUGUGCGUGUGUCAGGGAUGGCCGUCUGGUGCAGACCGCGCCAGCUGACAUGAAGUGGCUGGACCCUGCAGCGGGCGAGAAGGGUUUCCUGGACAUUGGGUGUCGUGUGAGGGGCGGGGACAUGCAGACGGGAUACGGGGAGAUCAAUCCCGGCACACACGUCGACCAGGACAGCCAACCCUCACACUGCAUGCCAGGUCAGGUCAUAGACAGACAGACAGACAGACAGAGACGAGGAUAGUGACUGACACACCAUCGAUGCACUCACGUGGGUGCGGUGUGCGUGUCAGGUCUGCGGCUGCGGAGUUUGCUGUUGUACGAGCGUGCACUGAGUGGCAGGGAGAUCCAUGAGAUCACAACCCUCAUGUACCGGCAGCCGCAAGACCCAUUCACUCUCCUGAGAGUUGGUCAGCCACCCCACCCUACAGACACAGACACCUCCGCUUUCCUGACUGACACUGAACCCUCCCCGAUUUGUUGGCUGGUUGCAAUGCACCAGUUGACUGCGGUGUUCCACCGACUCCGGUGAACGGCAUCGUCGAGUUUGAUGACACCACGGAGGGCGCCAGGGCGGCCUUCAAGUGCACGACCCCCGGCACAUCCUGGCCCAAGGGCGUGCCGGACCGUUCUAUCUGCAUGGAUGACGGCCGUUGGAAGUACUUUCCCAGGUUUGAGGACCUCCCCAAGUGCACCGAGAUCCAGCACCCCUGCGACAUGCCGCGGCACCGUGCGGCUCGUGAGGGCGAGGUCAAGGCCCACAUGCACUUCACCGACAUGCAGUUCGAGGCGGGCGACGACAUCGUGUUUGAGUGCCCCAACCACACGGCACUCGUGGGCGACAAGAGGAUCACCUGCUCGGGAGACACCGGCAAAUUCAGACGCAAAUUCCCCAUCUGCAAGGGUGGGUGACGGAGGGACACACGAAGAGCACUGUGUGCUGACUGUCGCAAGUAUCAUCUGGAUGUAUGUGCGGCAGGGAUGUGUCCGACCGAUGAGAUAGGGCGGCGGAAACACCUACAGGCCCGAUUCUCGAAGCAGCAGGUCAUCAUGGACACCAAGCUCUUCUUCCACUGCCCCAGCGGCCUCAAGAUGGAGGCACCCGAAUCAGCCGUCCUCACCUGUGUAGGGUCCACCGUGCAGCCGGCCAAGGAGGAGGCGGCCAGCACUAACACUUCUGACCUGGGACUGCUCACAGCUUUUGGUAUGGGAGAAGGAGGAGAGGCCGAAGAGGAGGAAGAGGUCUCGCCCAGCCAUCGGUUCUAUGACAUUAAGAAGCAAGAGGCGACAAUCCCACGAUGCGGUCAGUCUCGAAGGAAUACGAAGGUGUACGGGAAGAAAUAUUAGUCUCUGUGUGUGUGUGUGUGUAGUGUCACUGACGGGCAAGUGUCCGGAGCCGCCCGAUGCCGAGGAUCCAGGCCUCGACAAGAACUUCACCAAACCUCGUGUGGCCGCCAACAGCACACUGGAUAUCCGCACAUCAGUGACAUUCGAGUGCGACACGAACUGGGUGCUCUACGGCCACUCGACGCUCGACUGUCUCGAGGACGGAUCAUACAGCGGCAAACUGCCCGUCUGCGUAUACUGUAAGCUAAUCGAGACACAAGCCACCCACACACAUACACCAAUGGCCUUGACGGGGUGGUCAUUGUGUGUCAGCUCCUCCUAUCGAGUGUCCCGUGCCGGAGCUGCCCGGCGGCCACUGGGAGCUCCGCAACAGCACGAUAGUGCAUCCCGGCACUAUUGUAGACGAGGGCGUGCAGCUCAUCGGCUGGUGCGACGAGGGGCUCUUCCUCUUCCCCACCAAACACGCCGGACUUGUGACUUGCCAUGAGUCGGGGGCACUCGUGCCCGACGCACAUAUGCUCAAAUGCGAAGACAGAGACCUCACUGACGAAGGUCAGUAAGGCCGCCGAGUCAGGGGGACGGGCAUGCAUGAGAAAUCUGUUCGUGUGUGGUGGAAUGAAUGUGUGCAGAGAUUUUGGCUCUGGUGCGGAAUGCCAAGGGACCGUGUGGCGGUCUGAAGCAUCUGGAUAACGUCAGGACAGUCACGCCAGCACGACAGCGGUACCGCUUUGGCGACGUUGUCGAGCCCACAUGCAAAGACGGAUACGUGCUGGUGAGACAGAAAGCAAGGUGACCAUGGUGGGACAGACGUGUAAAUGGCGCCUGCUCCGGUGUGUCACGUCAGACGGGCGCUCCUCUGUUCCACUGCGACGAGCUGCCCAGCCGAGGGCGGUCAGACAUGCCUACCGGCCGCUGGGAGCCAUCAGACGACGCCACUCGACCCACAUGCCUGCGUACACAAGAAAGAAGCAAACGAGACUUACCACUGUCGGCACGUGCCUUUCGUUUGCGCUCCUCUUUUUGUCGUUCAGCAUCGUGUCCCGCUCCCCCGGGUGUUAAUGGGUGGCAUUACGUUGUGGAGGGCCCGCAUUCGUACGAGGGGUUUGCUGCCGGGGCCAGGGUGGCCCUGUGCUGCAGUGGCAUGUUCGAACCCACUGAAGACACACUCGUGUGCCGCGACGACGGGGGAUGGGAGGGCACCCCUCCACAGUGCCAGCCCACAGGUACUCAUCGUACUUCCAGCACACAUCCACCAGCCGCAUGGCCAAUCCUGUCUGUGUGUAUGUGCGUGUAUGUCCAACCGUCAGAUGUGUUCAAUCCGUUCACCCAUUUGCCGACCUGGGCCACGCGUAACCUUAGGGGCGUGUAUGUGGCCGACGAGCAGCACAUGGACCUGGUGCCCCAGGCGCCGGGCAUAGGACGGGUACAAAAGUGGCGAUCCAUGAGCUGUGGCGGCUUCGGGCCACUCGACACUCCUGUCGACUGCUCGGCCAGCCCGGGAGAUUGCCCGUCAUUCAACAGGUACACAUACAAGUCACUGAUUUGUCGUCACCUGCCCGCUUGACCUCUGUGUGUGGUCGAACGGACCUCUCAGGGCAAAAGGGCGCUUCGUCCAUUUCCAUGGCGACCAGUACCUUCGAUCGCGGUACGUCCGCCCGUUCGGCCCGCAUGGAGGGCUGAUAUACGUGGCCACCCGUCCGAGGGAGUUGCCGGCCCCCGGGGAGGUGUCGGAUGUGACGAGUGCCAACGAGACUGAGAACAUCCCACCUGAACCCGGCACUUUGGCUGAGUUUGUGGCGGGUGACAAACGUGACACUGGCGUGCAAGUUGGGUGGGAAAGAGCCAUCGAAAUGAGCAAGGGGUCGGUAGAUCCGCCAUAUAUGCCACUCGCCAUGUGGAGGAACCAGACCGCAGGUGAGUCUUGAGGAGACACGUGCACGUUGAGUCCAGUUGGUUGCCAUCUUUGUUUUGCUGCCUCCCUGCAGGUCUGCAGGGAGCCAGGGUGCUCAACAUGACCACAAAAGGUAUCCUAUGACCGUACCUGCAUAUGCAAACAAGAGCGCAUUGGUUGUGUGUGCAGUCGGUUGUCAUUUCGACGGGAUGUGUUUCCACGGCAUCGAGCUUCGCCGCCCGCUCCGUCGCAAUGUCCACCACGCAAACAUGACCGGCACACUCAACAUAUCCGAGCCCUUCAUCCACUUCUACUCGUUCAACCUAUCGGGGAAGCACACAGACCUGCCGUUCGUCGGCAGCUUCCCGGGUCUGGGCGGUGUCUCCAUGCGUCACUUCGGUCCCGCCAAGCUGUAUCUUGGUGGCGAUCCGCCCGUCCCGCCUUCGCCUCCCCCGCCCCCUCCGCCGCCCGCCGAUGCGCAGCCGCCGAGCGAGGACGAGGAGAGGGAGAAAUACCUUCAGGACGACCUUCAGAAGAAGAAGGACCAGGAGAGGGGCGAAGAGGAGGACCCGCUCAUGAGGAUCCUCAGGGAGAUCGCGGCGACAGGGCCAUCACUGCUGCAGACGGGAGAAAGAGCGGACGCCACGCAAUCUCUGGGACCCGGCACUGCCUCGCCUGUCACACGUAAGCAAUGAAUGAUGCAUGAAUGUCUUGAGACAUUCGGGUUUGUGGUGUCGGACCGUCAUGUGGGGUGGCUGCAGGUGAUGUUCGCCUCUUUGCCGUGUUCGAUCGCCCCUUUGCCAACCCAAAGCUGACGGACCUCUUUGCCGCCCUCUUCAGUUUUAUCCUUCGAGGCCUUGACAGUGAGCAACAAAAGCAAGCAAACAGAGAAACAAGCAAACAAAAACGCUCGUUUGUCUGUGUGUGUCCCGCCAGCUCGCGAGUUCGCCGACACGAUGAAGGAGAUCCUGGACGCCAUGCAGCAACCUGGUAGACAGACCUCUUCCCCCACACUCCACUCUAUCCGCACUUGCCUGGCUGUGUGUUCUGCCCUCCUUCUUUCCGCCUCUCGCAGAGAAUGUGACUGAGCGGCCGGCCCGUGAGGGCAUCAAUCUGGGCGUCCACCGUGCAUUGCGUGACGGCGAGCUGACGGUGCCUCUGCCAGAUGACGUGGACACUCAGACGAUACUGGCGUUCAGCCUCAAAGACCUCAACAUCACCAACAAGACCGCAUUCCAAACAGAUGAGGUCAGCUGCCCGCGGGCCAACCUACAGGCAGACACACACAUACACAUACAGUGUCUCACCUAUCUGCCUGACUGUCUGUCUCUUUGUUUGUUUGUUGGUUGGUUGGUUGGUUUGCUUGUUUGUUUGUUUGUUUGUUUCUUCGUUUAUGUGUGUGUGUGUGUGUGUGUCUCUCUGUCGACGCAGUACGAUGUGUGGCGGUCAGAGACAGCAGCCGAGACGGAGCGUGUAGCGGUGUUGCGUCACGAGGACAUCAAGGCAGGCCACGACUACGACACCACUAUGCUCUUCAAGCCAGGCAGCGCCUCGCCUGAGAUGGGUGCUAACGGCACCGCCAAUGUGACAGCGACGCAGGACGGCGAGCUGACGAUGCUGUGGUCGUCCAACAUUUCGCCGGACAGCGUCGUCGGCUUCAACUUGAGCCGCAAGGCUGAUGGUGCUGCCGCGGAGGAGUUCCCCUGCUAUGAUGUAGGUGACGCCUGAUCGCCAGCCAGCCAGCCAACAGUGGGGUGUGUGUGUCUCUUUCAAUAUGAGUUUUUUGAGAUGGACGACAUGUUGAUGGUGACGAUCAAGCAUCCCAGCAUCGAGGCCUACACUGCAUACAGAGUGGAGAUACUGGAAAAGGAGGUGGACCUGGGAACCGUUACCAGCGAAGUGAUGGCGGGCAUCAUCAAGAAGGAGGUGCCACCCUGGGUGGACUCUAGCCUCAUCGUAGGCUUCAACAUCACAGCCGUCGUGGGCAAAGCAAACUUCAUGGCCGCAAUGGUACGUGGGUGUAUACAUACAGGCACAUAUACGCACGGCAGUACGUCUCUGCGUGUUUCUCGCUGUCUCUCUUCGUUCCAUGUCUGCAGUUCACCUUUGUCGAUGAAAACGGCACUCGAUGGGCUCAUCUGCUGGACAGUCGCAUCAAGGCCAACACCGACUAUCGGGUCUCGGUGGUCCGCAAACUAGUACACGAACUGGUGCCGCCCAUGGAGCACGACCGUGAUGCCGAGAAGAAAGCCGAGGAGCUCUUGAAGAACCUGUCGGAUACGGUCAAGGACGAGCUGGGUGGUGGUGAAGAGGCCAGGGACGUGCUUGAGGAGGAAAUUCCCAAGCAGCCGGAAGGAGUGCUGAGGGCGCUGCUGCCGCCCCACGUCAACCCGAAAAGCAUUAAAGCCAUCCUGCUCACACCGACUGAUGAAGGGGAAGGCGCCGAGACGAUCCGUGUCGUCCCUGUACGCAUUCAUUCAUGCAUGCCAAAUGCGCUGAUCCAACAAUUGCACCAAUCCGUUUUGUAUGUGUGUGUCCCUCAGACGUCAUUCGAGGUAACACUCGACGGCAAGACAUACGUCAUCCUCCACGACGAGCGGCUGGACGCCGACGGCAGCUACACCGCGCGGAUCAUAUACAAGACAGAGGAAGAGGAGAAUAAGGAGGCCCUCAAUGAAGUGCUCGGGCAGCCCAUGGUCCCCGCUGAGAACGGUGUCGUCCGCAUCACAUUGCCUCCCCACUUCGAUGUCAAGCGAAUCGUCGCUGUGGGCCUCGAUCCCGAGAGCCUGGACCCAUCAUUCAACGCCACAAAGGUGCGACAUGAUACAUCUGACACAGCAGCGGAGGCAAGACAUUGCCUUUAUUGGUUUGCAGAUGAAUACAACGAGAGAGAGUUUUGAGCUUCUCCUUCUGCUGGAGCAAGGCCGUGGGCACCGCACGUCGAAGGCCACAGUGGCGCCAGUGGUGCUGGUCCUGGAAGACCCGCGCAUCUUCAAGGGCACGAAAUACAAGGCCACGCCAUACCUCACCGCAAUCCCCCUCCUGCGAGAGCCAGACCACCGUCCACGGCCGAAAAAGCCCACGGGCCCCAUCGAGUACAGGGACGAGUUGGCGUCGAAGGCUGUGGGUCAGGACGGCAAGCUGGUGGUGGCCAAGAAGCCUUUGCUUAAGGGCAGGGAGGAGGAGAUUGUGGAGUGGGAGGUGGUGGAGCUGGACGCGGGUGACGUGCCGGUGGUGAUGCAGCUGCUGAUGGUCAAGGACUUCACCUACAACAAGGAGGAGUUCACCCUUUUCCACCCGCGCAUCAAGAGUGGCCAGUCAUACCGGGCGCUGCCCGGCCUGCCGCUCACGGUGGUCACUGACCUGGGGCUGCACAGCAUCAGCGGCACCAACGACACCAGGAUACGUUUGCCGCCCAACCUGCACGUCACGCCACCAGAGGACUUCAAGCACGUGACUGUCAUCCCGUCCGAGCCCGGCAUCGACCCAUCCAUCAUGCACAAUGACAGCGUAAGAACACAAAUACUUGAGGCAGUGGCAGUGGCAGUGGCAGAAGACAGAGACAAGACUCGGCUGAACUCUCGGUGUGAUUUGUUGCCCUUUGCCUGUGUGUGCAGUUCUAUAAGGCUUUGUGGGAUCUACUGAUCCGGCCUGGUGUGGUGCCUGAAGGUGAGUAUCGCGUGCUGGUGGACAGCAUUCCGCCACUGCCGCCACUGAAGGAGAAGGCCCCAGUCGAGAUCCCGCCCUUCUGCCGCACCCUCAUCACACACAUCAUAUGUAGGCGUGGAUGCGAAGGGACAGCGAGAUGCGAGAUAUGGGGGAUUUUGGUGUUUCUGCUAAUGACGCGUGUAACUCUCAUUCAUUUAGGUGUGGGUCGUCCGGACAUGACGCCUGGCAAGUCUGUGAGGCUGCAGCUGCCGGAUGAUGUCGAAAUGUCGCCGCUCCGCACCGUCACUGUCGCACCGCAGAACGCCUCCGCGUCAUUUGACCUCACAAAGGACGAGGCUCGCCCACACAAUUUGAUGCUGCUUCUGUCAAUGUAUUGUGUCUCCGCCUUUCGUUCAGUAUGAGCGUCAAAACACAACGGUCGUCAUCUACACCGGCCGCGUAUCCCCUGGUGUGCAUCAAGUGUGGGUCAACACGAUGGCAUCCGACCCAUCCAACAAGACGUCGGCCAACGCAUCGGUCCUGUCGCGGGCCACCGAGUGCCCCGACACCCCUGGGGAGCACGGUUUGACCCCCUUUGUCGUGCUGAGAUGGCAUACCCCGGGUGGACACACGGUAGUCGAGGGCCGCCUGUCCGUUGCACUGCCGCAUGAGUUCCAGGCUCUCAAGGCAGGGGAUGUCAAAUGGAUCAUCAUGAGAGGGGGACCUGACAACACGGACGUCAGGCUCAACAGCACAGACGUGAGAGACAUAAGACGAGGAGCUGGCUGCACGAUCAUUGGGUGCUGUUACUCCUUUGUGUGUCAGUACACGGUCGCCGAUGGCCAGGUUCGGAUUCACGCGAGUCCAGACGCGCUAUCUGAUGGCCAAUACAGCAUCGACAUUAAGUGCCUCGACGAGAGAAGACCCACAAGGAUCAUCGGUGGGCAAUUGAACGCACAUACUUUGUGUCGUAUGCACAUCCCGUGGGUCUGUGUCUAUACGGUGAUUUAUGCAGAUCUGGGCAUUCACUACGUCAACAACUCGCGCGCUGAUGUGGUUUUGCCCGGCUCCCUCCACAGCAUGCAGAAAGACGAGCUGGUGCACGUGACGCUCACCCCUGCGGCAGGUGGACCGACGAUCGAGCUCGAUCCGCCAGAGUAUUCCAUUGAGGACGGCGUCCUGCACAUUCAUUCCCCUAAGGUCCCCGACGGACCUUACAGAGUCCAUGUCGAAAAGACGCCGGGCGACUAUGUCAUCGAGACGACGGGUAUCACACACGAGACGUGCUCGGUGAGGGUUUGUUGCUGCACUUGGUGUCUGGUGCGUAUGCAGAUUUGGGUCGAUAUGAGUGUGUAAACGGCACCAUUGUCGUACCUUCGCCGCCAGUACCGGCCAACCUGAGGGAGGAAGACAUCGUGGGUGUGUACGUCACCGACCCUGAGACGGGCGAAGUCAUACACCUCCGGCCGGAUGAGGUAGCUGAUCGACACAGAUUCAUGCACAGGAAAAAGAUAUGCUGGCGAGGUUUUUUUCGUCUUUGUGUCGUCAGUACUCGAUAGUCGACGGCAAGCUCGUGAUCCAUUCUGACCGUUUGCAAGAUGGCAAGAUGUAUGACGUCAGAAUCGACACCAAAAGGAAACCCCCGACACAAACACUAGGUGGGUGGAGAGACGCACACAUAUCGACACGAGCAUGUGUUGUGUGAAUGCGUGUACGUGUCUGGCGUGGUGUGCAGACUUGGGGCAGAGCGUGUGUAUGAAUGGCACCUUGGAGGUGACGGCUCCCGCCGGUCUCACUGAGGAUGACAUCGAGGCUGUGUAUGUGAUCGAUCCCGAGACAGGAGAGCUUACCCUACUCACCCCUGACGAGGUUGGUAGUCCUGCACAGACACAUUGACGUCCUCAUGUAGUGAUUAAUUGUGCGUGUUUGCGGCAGUAUUCGAUUGUCGACGGCAAGCUGGUGAUCCGCUCAGACAGGCUUGAGGACGGCAAAACUUAUGGCGUCAUGAUCGAGACGAAGAAGAAAAUCACAACCCAUCUUAUCGGUCGGCACACACAAAGCAUCAUCAAAGAAAUUUCCGUGUGUCUUGUCCCUUGCAGAUUUGGGCCCGCACGUGCUGGACAAGGGCCGCAUGAGCGUGGGGGUGCCUGCCAACAUCAGCGAAGUGACUGCUGCCUCCCUAAUCAAGGUGUUCCUCACACCCAACUUCCCUCUCGUUGUGCCCGAGCCCCCCGAAGCAUACACGGACGUGAAGGUGGUCGGCCCGCCCAAACCGAUCCAGCUGCUGGACAAUGAGGUUAGCCACCAUCAUGCCUACAUGGCACUCACUGCUCAGCCUACACGGCACCAUCCUGCCUGUCUUGUCUCUGUCUCAGUGGCACCUGGACGGCAGCACGGUGUCGGUGGCGGCACACCAUCUUGAGGACGGCGAGUAUCAGGUGCAUGCCCUUGUGUCACGACAUCCGCCCAACUACAAUGAAGGUCGAUGACACAUAGACUUACACAAACGGAAUGAAUGGACGCUAUGUCUCGGAUGUUCAUGACCUAAAAUGCAGUUUUGGGUCGCGCCACGGCAGUAGGGAAUCGUCUGGAGCUGCCACUGCCGAGCAUGGCUGAGAAGGACAUCCACUACCUCACUCUUGUGCCCGUCGCUCCCCACCACGGCCCACCAAUCAAGAUCCCACUGCCCAGCGACACAUACAAGGUGACUUUCGGCGAUAAGCUUUUGGUCAUCGAGGGAUCCGGCAUCCGCGACGGCACCACCUACUUAGCCGAGGCGGUCGGAUAUCUAGACGGUACACACAAAGCUGGAUACAUACGAGGACCAAACAGACUGUCGUGUUCUCCACGUGCAGAGAGUCGGACGUGUUCCACUGGCUUCUUCACCAGCGGGACCGUUACCCCCCGGGGAUUUGUGCCGAUCGGCCAUGAGGCUAACUUCUCUUGCCCAGCUGGAUUCGACUUGCAGCCACCAGACAGCGCACGGCUCGUCUGCCUCAAAGACAAACGAUUCGACGGCCCUCUACCCACAUGCGAACGUAACACACUACCUGCAGGACCACACAUUCUGUGUGGCAUACAUGCGCACACACGCAUUUGCCUCUUACUGCGUGUGCAGCGAUUCCUCUGGCGCAGGAGUAUCUGAAGGAUCUCAACCUGCCCCCCGAGGACGUGGCGAAGCUCGUGGGGCUGUUCAUCGCCGACCCCGAGCUGCUCAGUGUCAUCAGCGACAAUCACGCGGUGUACGGCUGGCAGAAUCUGCUCGGGUCUGCUCAGGGCUUUGGCCAUCUGGGCGGGGGCAGAUCGGAGGGUCCGCGGAUCGACAGAUACGCAAAGCUGCCCCACUACCCUGACGAACACGGGUGAGACAUAAGCUAGCGCACUUGUCUCUGUGCGUUCCUUCUAAGCUUCAUUUCUGUUUGGAUCGUCUGAGGUCAGAUGCGGUGUGGGCUUCAAGUCGAAGGACUUCAUGGUCAGCUAUCGCGACUUGCCCGUACCGAUGUCGCCCAACUUCACCAUCGUGCUCGGCUUCAACCCAUCGAAAGAGGCGGUAGAUGAGCAUGCAGCUCAGCUCAGCUGAUACGAUACAGAGCACUCCUUUCUUUCUCCCUCUCUGUGGUCAGCUGUCGGCAAGCACGACUGUUGUGGCUGGCCUUGCCUCCGUGAGCGAAACAGAGGGCACUCUUUUUCUCGACACAACAAAGGCCGUGGGCACACGAGGUGAACCAGCUCCCCAUGUCCUCUCGAAAGAGCGUAUGUGUCCAUCCUUUGCCUUGUCUCGUGCUGGCUGGUAGACGGUCAUCUGUGGUACCAGCGCGACUGCCACGGCCUUCCUAUGGCCCUCUCGCAGCUGCCGCUGGAACCUGCCGAGCACCACGUUGCCGUCACUGUGGAUGUCCCAUCACCUUCCACCGGGGACGCCCACGGCACGGCGACUUUCUAUGCCCUGACUGGUACCGAGGCCCGCAGGAUGCCGAUGAGUGCGGAUGCUGCCUGUCUGCCCGCCAUCGAUAUGAAGAGGCAGACGGCGCUCAUUGUGGGGUGGCACCACGUCGACAAGACCUAUGUGGGAGACAUCUCUGCCGUCCUGAUGUUUGCCGAGCCACCGACAAACCUCACCGCGUUCGACGCGCUCCUCAACAAGACACGAAGUACGUCAGCCGGGUGCAUCGCACGGGCAUCACGCACUGCUGUUGUUUGUCUCCCUCACUGCCCACAGUGUCAUCUACCGGAGAGUGCCCUCUCUCUGCCAAAGGUAUGCACACCCACCUUGAUUGCCCCGAUGGAUGUGAUAAUGUAUGUGUGCAGAUGUGUGUGGCGCCUUCCCCGACUAUCCCGUCUACGAGGCGGAGGGAUAUGGCCACGGCCUCGGUGCCGCACGGCACCUCCGAUGCCUCUUCGCACCCAUGAGUGCCUACCUUACCGCCCUGUGCACACGCGAGGGAUGGCAGCUCCCCAAAGGCAACUUUUGUCCAGUGAUACCCAGUGAGCCAUACACAUGACAUUUGUUCAUCCCUCUUGACCCACAUGUGUGUAUGCAGGUGGUCAGGAGGAGCCUGCAGCUCUGAGGGAUGUGUCAUCCAUCAUCCGCAAGCAGUACCGAGAGGGCACCCGGCUGGCGUACGAAGCACAGCAGCUCAUCGACAGGGCCAAGCAGGAGCACGCCUGGGCCGACACACACAGCGAGACAGACCCCGACACAGCUGCCCGCAGACGCGCCCACGCGGAUGCCAUGCUCGCACAGGGCAACAAGCUGAUCGAUGAGGCCAAACUGGUGCAGCAGCAGGCCCUCGAGUUGGGAAAGCAGGAGGCGCGCGAGGCUCUGCAGAGGGAACGAGAGCUGGAAACCGAGGCACGUGCGCUGAUGGAGGGGGGGCGGGCGAAGGAGGCAGCGGGCCAGGUGCUGGAGGGGCAAUUCGAGGGGCUGCUGGCCAAGGGCAAACUGGCGCAGGCCGAGUGCAUCCGACGGGCCCUGCAUCACGGUGUAGAGACCGUCGCCAAGGGGGAGAACAAGCUGGCAGAGGCCAACAAUCUGGGUAUGACGGACUUCCAGGCCGCCCAGCGGUUGCGACAGCAGGGCGUCAAUAUGAUCGAGAGGGCCGGCAGAAGAUUACAGCAGCCAAGAACGGCACCGCGUGUCAGAACAUCACUGAGCUGACGCAUCUGUACCUGUUGGAUGACCGGCCCUCGGAGCCUGUGACGACACCAGGCACCGCUGGGCCUGGCUACGUUGCCUUAACACUGCCCAUCAACUGGGUGCUGGACCUCACCAAGAAUGUAACGCUCGUCGAGACCACCAGCAACGCAUCGCUGGCAGUGGACCCCACGGACACCGACAUCCACACAAGCGUCCGUCGGAAGCACUGCACUCACAUAUAUUACAUACUUGAGUGGAUUGUCCAAGCAACGGGUUUGUGCCUGUGUGUUCACAUGCAGGUGUUGUCGGACGGUGUUCGUGUCCGUUUCACCGCUACCGAAGAUUGUCCUUACAUGUUCGACUUCCUCUCCGUCCACCAGGGGCCGGGCAGCAAGAUAGAUGUGCAGACAGCGGUGUUUGUCUACUCGCCCAGCAGCCUGCCGCACGACCUGCAGAACCAUUCCAGAGCCAACAUCCUAUCACACACACCCGCGGCUUUCGUUCAGUUGAGGCGGCACGUGGCCAGGCGAGAUGUCCCCACUCUUGAAGAGGACGUCAAGGCCUCGACCGACCUUCCAACAGUGGUGGGUGGGGUAUGUAUUGGCCUUCCCACAUAGCUAAGAGAAAUGCGUGUCUCACAUGACGUAUGUAUGUGUCUUGCUGUCCAGUUGCCAAGUGUCCCUCCGCCUGCAGCAACGACCCCAACGCCGCCGCAAGCAGUGAAGGACGAGACGCCAGAAGAGGAAGUGAAGGGUGACGGCAGUGGGCCUGAAGCACCGGUACGUAGUACAAACACGAGCACAGAUGAGAGAAACAGCCAGGGUUCGUCUGUAGGUGGGUGAAAGCCCGACAGCGCCACCAGCAGCAGGGGAGACACCACCGGCAGCAGAAGGCCCGGAACUAGCAGAAGGCCCGGAACUAGCGGCACCCAAUGGUACACUCGGGGAGCCCUCCGGUCCAUCGACGCCCGAGUUGCUAGACCGUCUGCUGGAGGAGGAGGGCCGCUUCUUCGCUGAUGUGCUGUCCAUCCACAGACACGAGCGGCUCUUCGCUCGCGAGGUGGUGCUAAAGCUCGAUGCCGACUACCUGCCGGCCACCGAAGGGCCUCCAGGGCCGCACAGGGAGUGGCGGGUGGCCAAGCCAUUCGUGCUGGAGGACCCCACGAAUGCCUCCGACCACCUGCUGAUCAAUACGACCAGAAAGCCCUCAUGGAUCAAGGUAGGUAUGUCUGUCUGUCUGCGACAAAUACAUCCCUCUCUCGCUCCCUCCAAUUACGUCCGUCCGUGUCUUGUGUGCCCAUGCAUUCAUCUAUCAGUGGACAACGACGUCGGAAUCUGACGUACCCUUUUUGCACAUUAUGUACCUCAACGCGAGCACGAGUCAGCGCCUGCAGAAAAUGGCCGUCCAUGGGGCACUGCACGCCUACGUCGGUCCCCUGGUAGUGCACCUGCUGUCCUCGCCCUACCCAGACGCACUGCCCGACCCCCUCCACGAUAUUGAGAUCACAGUUGGACGCGACAGGACAGUCAACGGCUCCCAAUACCAAGUGCUGGAAGGCAGAACGGGCAUGGACGCCAUGGUGAAGCCACCCGACACAGCCAAGACGAUCGUCGUGCCAUGCAGCCAUGCCGAUAUCACGUGCAAAGUCCAGGUAGAUCGAGACAUCCACGAUAGACUGACUGACCGAGACAUCGACCGUGCCAUCCCUGUCUUUUUUGGGCAGUACCGUGUUGGCUCGUCUGGGGCUCUGCUGCCCUACUUGGUGAUUAGUGGGCCUGGCCUGGAGGGAAUGAAGCGGCGCGGUCUCGAAAGACAGCCGAAGUUUGAGCCUUUCGAUGCCACGACACCACGGAAUCUGACACUUACUGGUGUGUUUGAUGGCGCGCGGACAGAGAUCCGAUUCCGACUCCCGCGGGACACGCCUGUCGAUCUGCACCGGUCACUGACGCUGAGGACGGUGGGCGGGGAGAAUGCCGCGGUAUGGCAAGAUGUCUCAGACAUCUACGUGGAGGUCAGCCAGCGCACAUCAGAUCCAUUUAUACAUACACGAAGCCGGAAGGGAAACACAGAUACCACACACUCUUUGUUUUGUCCGUCAAUACCUUGAUUGCAGUAUACCCCCGACGCCCGCGGCAGCUUCCAAGCAUGGCUUGUGCUGCGGCCCAAACAAGGUGUGCCGACGGACCUGGGGAUUUGCUCACUGCUCAAGUGGCCACAGCCCCCGACAGUGACGGACCUGCAGCUGUGCCCCAACACGUCGCAGCUGCCCCACCAGCACAUGUCGGUGCCCCUGCUGGCCACCGGUGAAGGUGACAUUGGCAUCAAGCUGCCCACAGGCAGCGUGCCAGACACCAGGCAGCCGAUCGUCGUGUGGUUGAGGGAGGGACCCGUGGUUAUCAACCCUACCGACGGCAACUUCUCCCUCACUGUCAGCCGGCCACCACACAGACAACACACUAUUCAUAUCUCUUUGUGUGUGUGCAGUACACGAGUGGCGCCCAGCUGCAUCCCUUCCUCACCAUAAGCCCCAACACUGGCGCGUCGGCCCGGUUCGCAUCGACCUUUCCGCGUGGGAUGUCGAUGCAGACCGUCCAGGUGGUGCAGAGGUGCUCAGGCACCGACGAGUCCGUCAGCGACACAAGAGACGCCUAUCUCUUACCCGAGUCAAUGUGCCCUGGCUGGCCUCGUGUCAAUCCCUUCCUCUAUCGGCUAGAUGUCAACGCCGCCGUGCCGCUGAGCCGGGCACUGGGCGCCUCUGUGACCUUCUCAUGCAACAGGCCGUUUUAUCUUCCAGCACAGGGCAACAACGGCAUCACGGCCGAGGCCAGCCAAUGUGUGACGGCGUCAGGGGCAGGGUCAGAUCAGCGGCCGCCUGCGAGUGGCAAGGGAGCCAGGAUUGCGCCCAUGUGGACAUCGCUCAAGUCACUCAAAUGCGAACGUACACACACAUGUACAUGCCACCCACCACACACAUACAUAAAUCUGAUUGGUGUCAUGCUUUGCUGAUUGAUGGGAUGGGUGUAGCUCGGUGUCCGGCGUGGUCCCUUGAGCGUUAUGAGGUGGUCAACCCUGCGCAUCCUGCUGUGCGGUCGAUUCCGGGUGAGGACGUGUUUCCCAUCCGAUGCAAGCCGGGGUUCGAGCCCCACUGCCGGCCAGCCGAGGGAGCGGUGCCGCAACUGCCGUCAUCUGUCGACGGGCAGCGGUGCUCCAAACGCGCCAAGUGCACCAACGGACAGUGGAACGCAACCAUACAAUGCUGGGGUACUGUACACACCUUGUUAUAUACGUCUCGUGUGUGAUCCGAUGAUGUAUUUAUGGCCGAUUGAUGGAUGUGUGUGUGCAGCUGUAGGCAGUGUGGGUGUGUCUGGAGGACCAGGCAGCGCCAGCAGUAGCCCGUCCCAUGUCAUCUCAGGGGCGCCGAUGAAACACUUUGUCGCCCUCACCGUUGGCCCCGACCGACCGCCGCAGCCGCCAUCGGCAGCGAGCGACGCUAUGGCGGUCUCACCACACGGGGGCCUGGAGGCGGUGGCAUGGCCACUCGGCGACCCACACCCCCAUCUCAGCGGAGUCCGCAACCUCACCUCGCACACUCUGAGGCUAUACCACGCCCCGCUGGGCGAUGACGGCAGCAGAAGGCCGGUGUCUCGUGUGGCUAUUGAGACGCAGAGGUACCAGGUGUAUCGGUGGGUGCGGCACGUGGCUGGGCGGGUGAUGGCUCCGUUGGAGGUGGGCUGUCGACUGAUGCUCGAGAAUGCUGGCGACAGGACCGGACGGCGGGGGGCGUUUGACAACGGUGUCGAGGCGCACCAGGAGCACUGGAGACACGCCGACAACUGCUUCAAAGGUCAGUACAGUCAGUCCGUGUCUAAGCGGCCAUCCAUCCAUCCAUCUAUGUAUCAUGUGUCUGUCAUUCUCCAGGCUCUCUCCGGCUGUUGGCCAUCUGGAGACACCAGCUGAAUGAAGAGGGUGCCAACACCACCGAUAUAACAAGACCAUACCGCAGCCUCAGCCGAUGGGACAGGCGCGCCCACGACCACGACCCAUCAGCACAGUUACUGGACGAUAUAGAUUGGGGGACUAUGAGGCACCUGGCGGCUCUCUUUGUGGCUGAGGAGCAGUAUAUGAGUUUCGAUGCCGCACAUAAUGUAAAGGAGUGGCGGGACGCCGCACCCGAGCUGAUAAGAGGGAGAACAAAACAAGGGGAUACUAGCGCUGAUAUGAGGUCGCUGAGGUUGAUACAGAGAGAAGAUAAAUCAAGACCACACUUCGACAAAGACAGGUAGGUGCACAGCGUCUCCCCGCCUGUGUCUCACCCUCCCGUCUCCUCUCUCAUCUCCUCUCCCUGUCUCUGUGUGUGUGCCCCCAGGGGCACGGUGGAUUUCUCGUCAUUACAGCAGUUUCUGAUCUCAUCGGAGCCGCUGUCUUUAUUGGAUCCGGCGGACCCAUCAGGGGGCUUCUCGGUGGCCGUGGUGUUCUCUGCCGAUGAGUCUUCGCUGCAUGUGGGGACACAGCAGGUGUUGAUCAACUACAGCAGCGGGUACAGGUGCCAUCUGGACGUCAACUUCCAGUUCGGUAUCAAUAUGGGCAACGCUGACGGCCUCAACGCUCAGGGCAGCCACAGCUGUAGGUCGUUUGUCCAUGUCCUGCAGUGAGGGAAUGGAGUGAAGGCAUGGCGAGUGGGACUGUGCGUGUGCGUGUGCGUGUUGGUGGUCGUGACUGUGUCGGCAUGGCAUUAUUGAUGGCCGGCCAGUAGGCCCAAACAGACAGACAGACAGACGUCUAGCAGCAACGCAGAAAGAUUCUGUAUGGCGUUUGUGAGUUGGUGUGUGUGUCGUGCUGUUUUGGGAUCGCCCGCUGACCUCAGUGAAUAGGUGUCGUUUUCACUUGCUCUCCUGUCUUGUCUUCUCUGUGUCUGUGCGUGCAUGCCCGUGGGAAGGGAUAUUUGUCUGUCUGUCUGUGUCUUUCUCUCCAGGGUAACAUGUUGGUUUGCGCUUUCGGGCAUUCCUACCUACCAUACCCACGUACUUAAGACUUACUGGCCUCUGACUGAUGUCCUUCAUGUCCACAAGUACUGUGGUGCAGUGCAUGUCGCAUUCAUGCAGCCACACACCAUUCAAUCUGAUCAUUGUGUGUGUAUC